AUGCCGCUUACUGUUGGAAUUGCCGGCAUUACUGGCAAGUUUGCACGUCUGGUCCUGAAAAAUUUGUGCCGCUCCUCGGGCGUGCAGAUUCGUGGAUUCUGUCGCAACCCCUCGAAGCUGCCAGCCAAGUUCCGUGACUCCCCUGAUGUCACCAUCGUACAAGGUUCCUCGGAUGAUGUGGACGUCCUGCGCAUCUUUGUCCGAGGCUGCGAUGUCGUGAUCUGCUGCUACCUUGGCGAUAACACUCUAAUGACAGAGGGCCAGAAGCUGCUCGUUGACGCAUGUGACGCAGAAAAGGUCGAUCGUUACAUUGCUAGCGACUACUCUCUCGACUUCACCAAGCUUGAAUAUGGUCAGCUCCCCGCUAAGGAUCCGAUGAAGCACGUAAAGGACCAUCUAGACUCUAAGAAACAUGUCGAGGGUGUUCAUGUCUUGAUUGGCGCCUUCAUGGAAACCUUCUGGAGUGGCUAUUUCAAUGUCUGGCAUCCGGAAGAGUGCAAGUUGUCGUUCUAUGGGAAUGCGGCGGAAUAUGUCGCUGCCGUGGCAAGAGAUCCGAGUGCCACUGGCUUGCAGCACUUCCUUGGCGACCGCAGAUCAAUUCAUGGAAUUGCGGAUGAUUUCGCCCAGGUUUAUGGGAAGAAGCCGCAACUCGAGCGCUUGGGUUCUCUAGACGAUCUUUAUAAGGCAAUGCAGGCAACCUUCAACAAAGACCCAUCGAACAUCUUUGCCUACCUUGCAAUGUUCUAUCAGUACUACUGCACGAACGGGCAAGCUUAUUUGAAGCCCGAAUUAGACAACCGCAAGUACCCAGAGAUUACUCCAGUCACUUUCAAGAAGUUCCUGCAGGACCAUAAGAUGGAAGAGCUGAGCGAUUCGUAUCAGAAUGCUGGGUCAGAUGUGUGA